GCUGUCUCUUUAUUCUAUUUUAGCUGUAAUUUGCUGAUCUUUGGCUUCAGUGAACAACAACUGAGACUAUAUGAAUAAAUUUAGGGUUUCUCUUGGUGGCAGGGUGCUAGGUCACACAUGGAGGGUAAAGGGCAGGGAACUAAAAAAGGAAAAGGAGGGAAGUUCACAGGUUCCUUAAGGAGGAUGAGCGGCUCCUUCAAACGCACUUCACUAAAGGGCUCGGCAUCAGGAUCUCAAAAGGGUCAAAAGGCUUGGAUUGAGAAGACCUUUUCAAAAAGAGAAUGCAUCUACAUAAUUGCCAACAACAAAGAUGUUAACAGGUGCUGCUGUGGCCAGCUUAUUAGUCAACACAUUCCAAUUCCUGCAAGUACAGCGACUAACAAAAAUGGAGAGGAAACAAAGCAAUUGGAACCUCAGCCAGAAAAAUGGUCUGUCAGUAAGCACACCCAAACAUGUCCAACAGAUGCCUAUGGAAAUCUUGAGUUCCAGGGAGGUGGACAUUCAAAUAAGGCCAUGUAUAUCCGUGUGUCGUAUGACACGAAACCAGAUUCUCUUCUUCAUCUCAUGGUGAAAGAUUGGCAACUGGAACUUCCCAAGCUUUUAAUCUCUGUUCAUGGGGGCCUCCAGAAUUUUGAAUUGCAACCUAAAUUGAAACAAGUAUUUGGGAAAGGCCUGAUCAAGGCUGCCAUGACAACAGGAGCCUGGAUUUUCACUGGAGGAGUUAGCACUGGAGUAAUUCGCCAUGUGGGAGAUGCCUUGAAAGAUCAUUCAUCCAAGUCCAGAGGACGAAUCUGUGCCAUAGGAAUUGCACCAUGGGGCAUUGUGGAAAAUAAAGAGGAUCUGACUGGGAAAGAUGUAUCAAGAGUUUAUCAAACAAUGUCAAAUCCUCUAAGCAAGCUCUGUGUUCUCAACAGUUCUCAUACACACUUCAUUCUAGCGGACAACGGCACACUUGGUAAAUAUGGAGCUGAAGUUAAAUUGCGACGUCAGCUGGAAAAACACAUCUCCCUUCAGAAAAUUAACACACGGCUGGGACAAGGUGUGCCUGUGGUUGGGUUGAUAGUGGAAGGAGGUCCCAAUGUGAUCUCUAUCGUCCUGGAAUGUCUGCGAGAAGAGCCCCCUCUGCCCAUUGUGAUCUGUGAUGGCAGUGGCCGAGCAUCUGACAUUCUGUCUUUUGCACACAAAUAUUCUGAGGAAGGGGGGAUAAUAAGUGAAUCUCUAAGGGACCAGCUUCUAGUUACCAUUCAAAAAACUUUCAACUACAACCGGAACCAAGCCCACCAGCUGUUUGUCAUUCUCAUGGAGUGUAUGAAAAAGAAGGAACUUAUAACUGUGUUCCGUAUGGGUUCUGAGGGGCAACAGGACAUUGAAAUGUCUAUUUUAACUGCUCUACUUAAAGGUACCAACGCAUCUGCACCAGAUCAGCUGAGCUUGGCAUUGGCCUGGAACCGUGUGGACAUUGCACGAAGCCAAAUCUUUGUCUUUGGGCAUCACUGGCCGCCUUUAGGAAGCCUUACAGCAACUGAUGGCACAGCAGCUGAAAAGGAAAAGAAAUCCCCAUCAGCUCAAACUAAAGCAGCCAGAGGGAAAGGAAAAGGGAAAAAAAAGGGAGGGAAAGCGAAAGAAGAGCCAGAAGAAGAAACAGAUCCACGGAAGAUAGAACUACUAAACUGGGUGAAUUCCCUGGAGCAGGCGAUGCUGGAUGCCCUGGUACUGGAUCGAGUUGAUUUUGUAAAACUCCUGAUUGAAAAUGGUGUGAACAUGCAACGCUUCCUCACUAUUCCUCGACUAGAAGAGCUGUAUAAUACUAGAUUGGGUCCACCAAAUACACUACAUUUGCUAGUCAGGGAUGUGAAAAAGGUAAGCUUAUCCUAAAAAUAUACUUUCAGUCUGAUAGAUAUUGGUCUUGUCCUUGAAUACCUCAUGGGUGGAGCUUAUCGCUGCAACUAUACUCGAAAAAGUUUUCGGACCCUUUACAAUAAUUUAUUUGGACCAAAGAGGCCAAAAGCUCUUAAACUUUUAGGAAUGGAGGAUGACGAGCCUCCAACCAAAGGGAAGAAAAAGAAGAAAAAGAAAAAGGAGGAAGAGAUAGAUAUUGAUGUGGAUGACCCAGAAGUCAGCCGCUUUCAGUAUCCAUUUCAUGAACUCAUGGUAUGGGCAGUGCUGAUGAAACGGCAGAAGAUGGCUCUCUUUCUUUGGCAGCGAGGGGAGGAGACCAUGGCCAAGGCACUUGUGGCAUGUAAACUGUACAAAUCCAUGGCCCAUGAGUCUUCAGAGAGUGAACUGGUGGAUGACAUCUCUCAGGAUUUGGACAACAACUCAAAAGACUUUGGCCAGCUGGCUGUUGAAUUGUUAGAUCAAUCUUAUAAACAUGAUGAACAGGUGGCUAUGAAAUUACUGACCUAUGAAUUGAAAAAUUGGAGUAAUUCCACCUGUCUAAAACUCGCUGUGGCAGCUAAACACAGAGACUUCAUAGCUCACACUUGCAGCCAGAUGUUAUUAACAGACAUGUGGAUGGGGCGGCUACGUAUGCGUAAAAAUCCAGGUCUUAAGGUUAUAAUGGGGAUUCUCUUACCACCCACCAUCCUGUUCCUAGAGUUUCGCACAUCUGAUGAUUUUUCCUAUCAGACAUCAAGAGAAAAUGAAGAUGGCAAAGAAAAAGAAGAGGAAAAUGUGGAUGCAAAUGCUGAUACAGGCUCCCGAAAAGGAGAUGAAGAGAAUGGAAACAAAAAGCAACGGAGCCUUCCAAUUGGAAAAAAGAUUUAUGAAUUUUAUAAUGCACCUAUUGUAAAGUUCUGGUUUUAUACGAUCUCAUACUUGGCUUACUUAAUGUUAUUCAAUUAUAUAAUCUUGGUACGGAUGGACCGCUGGCCCUCCCUCCAGGAAUGGAUUGUCAUCUCCUAUAUUGUGACUCUGGCAUUAGAGAAAGUAAGAGAGAUUCUGAUGUCAGAGCCUGGCAAGCUGAGCCAGAAAGUGAAAGUCUGGCUGCAGGAAUACUGGAAUAUCACCGAUAUGGUGGCUAUUUUAGUAUUUAUAAUUGGAGCAAUUCUUCGUCUACAGAACCAGCCUUACAUGGGCUAUGGAAGAGUAAUCUACUGUGUGGAUAUCAUUUUCUGGUACAUUAGAGUACUGGAUAUCUUUGGUGUGAACAAAUAUUUGGGACCCUAUGUCAUGAUGAUUGGGAAAAUGAUGGUUGACAUGCUGUAUUUUGUGGUCAUCAUGCUUGUGGUUCUGAUGAGUUUUGGAGUAGCCCGCCAAGCUAUCCUGCACCCAGAUGAGGAACCGUCUUGGAGACUAGCCCGCAACAUCUUCUAUAUGCCCUACUGGAUGAUCUAUGGAGAGGUGUUUGCAGACCAGAUAGACCUCUAUGCCAUGGAAAUUAAUCCUCCUUGUGGGGAUAAUCUUUAUGAUGAGGAUGGUAAACGUCUCCCUCCAUGCAUACCUGGGGCCUGGCUCACUCCUGCUAUCAUGGCUUGUUACCUUUUGGUAGCAAACAUUCUACUGGUAAACCUUCUGAUUGCUGUCUUCAACAAUACCUUCUUUGAAGUGAAGUCCAUAUCUAACCAAGUUUGGAAAUUCCAACGAUAUCAGCUGAUCAUGACAUUCCAUGAUAGACCUGUCCUGCCUCCACCUAUGAUCAUCUUCAGUCAUCUCUACAUAAUCAUCAUCCGCCUUUGUUGUCGCUGUAAGAAGAAACAAGAAGGGGACCAGGAUGAGCGUGACCGGGGACUAAAAUUAUUUCUGAAUGAUGAAGAGCUGAAGAAAUUGUAUGAAUUUGAAGAGCAAUGUGUUGAGGAAUAUUUUCAGGAAAAAGAAGAUGAACAACAAUCAUCUAAUGAUGAACGAAUCAGAGUCACAUCUGAAAGAGUGGAAAACAUGGCUAUGAGGUUGGAAGAAGUGAAUGAAAGAGAACAUUUUAUGAAAGCUUCUCUUCAGACCGUUGACCUUCGACUUUCUCAACUGGAAGAGCUAUCUGGUCGGAUGGUGAAUGCCCUUGAAAAGCUGGCGGGUAUUGACAAAUCCGAGCUGACGCAUACACGCUCACGAGCUUCUUCUGAAUGUGAUGCAGCUUACCUCCUAAGGCAAAGCAGUGUCAACAGUUCUGAUGGCUACAGCAUGUACAGAUAUCAUGUCAGUGGUGACGAGUUAACCUUUGAUGAUAGCACCACCCCAAUGUCACCAGCCUUGGGAUUGCGCAAAAAAGCCUAUUAUUUUGGUACAAAGGAAGAGAAAGAUUAUGCAGACUCAAAGAUGCAACUAGUUCCAGAACGUCAGGGUAGUCUGCGCUAUACCCACAGUGCAAACACAGUUGCCUCUACAGAUUACAAUAAAACUACUUUAGAAAUUGCACAGAAUGUCAGUAGACCCCCAUCUGAUUCAGAUGUUUGUGUUUCAGGAGAUAACAAGCAAGGUAUUUCCAAGAGUAAUGAAAUAACUCCCCAGAGCAUAACCCAAACAGAUAUUUUUAUGAAUGGACAGUCCGUCACAAGAUCAGAUUUUCAGAACACUCAUUUAACAGUAGAACGGACCAAGUUAGAAGCUACUAUCUCUUACCCCUUAGAAAAAUCUAAGGCAAUGCGCUAUUACCCUGCUGAAGCUUUCAAUGCUUGUCAAACAACCAUGCUAAAGUCAAGGAGCUUUAUAUUUACACAUGGUGGGAAGCUGGUUGAAGGGGUCAACAACUGGACUACAGCAUAUAACACCAUAAUGGAUAAAGUGCAUCCUUCCACAAUUGAACAGUGGACCAGUGAGUGGAAAUACCAGGUUGAACAGAAACUUUGUGAUGAACCUAGUCCAGACUAUCCUGGUGUUUCUGAAGCAGAAAAGCAAGCAGAACAAAAACAAUUACUGACAGAUACAGAAGAGGACAGCGAUGUUGGUGAAGCAGGUGUCAGUGCCUCCCAUACUUCUAUACCUGUUACCGACAGAACUGAAAAAGAAAACUUACUGUCAGUGAAUCCAGACAGGACGUGUGGAUUCCCAUCUGUACGCUCAAAGAGUUUACACAGCCAUUCUCGGAAAGCCAAGUCCAUUAAGGACAAAUUAAAUAGACCAGGACAUGCCAGCAGUGUAACUAAUCUAGUGGUGGCCUGUGGCAGUGCAACAGAAGAAAAAAAAACUAAGCAAGAAAACACUUCCACAGAAACUGAAUGCUAAAUGGUUGACAUUCCAUGUGGCAGUGAUGGUCAAGAAUUUGAUUGGAAUAGUUAACAAAUAUACCACCGUUAACAAAUAUACCACACUGAACAGAAAUGUUUUAAAAAAUAAUUUAAAAAACCCUUACAUUUUCCACUUUUGUUUAUCUUUGUGUAGAAAUGUUAAUGCCCUGUUCUCAAACAAAUGCUUUAUGAUGUGUGGAAGACAUUCCCUUUAGGGGUGGAUUUAAGGCUAAGCAUGGUAAGAAAAUACCAAGUCGGCCAGAUCUUUCUUGGGUCCUUUGGCCCAUUUAUUGACUGAAUCUCUUUCUUAGCUGGUUGAAAAUUGGAAAAUAUUUUCAUAAGAAAUGAGGAAAUUCUCUCCCUUUUUCAUUGGAAAACGGCUCAAUUCAAACCUUUUUGACUAGUUUUAUCCUUACAUAUGCACCCGCUAUCUUUAUGGAUGUGGUCUUUAAAGAAGAAUACUGAGUGCAAAGGAAAGUUUUGCAAUUUUCUUGAUUUUACAGAUACUAAUUGCACAUCAGAAGUGAUUUUCAGUCAAUAAAAUGGACAUAAACUGAGUUAUUAAAAAAAUGCAGGUUUCUCCAAGCACAGCAGGACUUGGGGGGGAGUCAGUUUGGUCUGGUACCAAAAUACUUCACCUGUCUUUGAACAUGGUGAUAGCACCUUGUUUUCUGUUAUUUUGAGAAGCUUCCUUAGCAUGCCAGCAUUCAGCAUGCAUGCACACACACAAAAACAACCAAUUAGUUUGUCAAAACUGAUUGCCUUAAGCUGGGCAUCAUACUGGAAAUACUGCUUUCUGGAGGCUCUGUUUUGGGAACUCCAUAUAUUUUUAACUGGUAGUCAUCAUUGUUUCAAAAAACUUAGUGGGAUCUGAAGUAGGAAAAUGAAAAUCCAAGAUCUACAUCCAUUACUCUCAUCACCAGAGAUUACAGUGUAGCCUUGUAUAAAUGGAAUUUGCUUUAUUUAAAUAAAUAAAUGUAAAAGUACUGAAAAAAUACAUACCCACCUUUAUUCCAGAUAAAUCUAAUACAAAAAACCUUUCUUCCUUCAGGAAAUUCAUUUUAAUGACAACAGGGCAGCACAAACAGUAAGCACUAGAACAUCUCACAUUUGUUUUUAUGUGCUUCAAAAACAUAAUACAUUUUUGUUGGUCAUAUUUUCUAUAUUUUCAUCCUCUUGUGAAGAUACACCUGAACAGCUACUUCAGUUUUAUUAAAUGCAAAAUAGCGUGAAUCCCAUCUGUCUUUUGAACAUUUCGGCUGUGUCUACAUUGGCAUGAUCUUGCGCAAGAACGCUGACGUUCUAAUGUAUGAAAUCAGUGCUUCUUGUGCAAGAACUAUGAUGCUCCCGCUCAGGAAUAAGCCCUCUUGCGCAGCUGCGCUUUCUUGCGCAAGAGAGCGUCUACACUGGCAUGGAUGCUCUUGUGCAAAAGCGCCUCUCUUGCGCAAAGGCACAUGCCAGUGUAGACGCUCUCUUCUGGAAGAGUUUUUGCACAAGAACUCUUCUGCAAAAGAGUUCUGGUGCAAAAUCAUGCCAAUGUAGACGUAGCCUUGUUGUACAGAAAGAUCAGGUUGUUUUUCUCCGAAAUCUAAAAACAAAAUUAACUCUCCCAAAUGAAAGCAGAAGCUGAAUAUUUUUCUUUGAAUCACUGAUAUAAUUUACAAAACAAUGUACAUAGGGGAAAACACAAUGAAUGCCACAAAAUAAGCUCUUCUCCUCCCUUUUUUAAUUCCCUCAAGAGGGCCUGAAUUUCAAAACUUAUAGUCACUAUUUUCCCAACUCAUAUCGUCUUUCAUAUGAGAGCCAUCAUUCAAAGGUAUUGUGAAGUGCAGUACUAAAAUGUACUUUUUCUGGCAAUUUUGUUGGUGAUGUUAUAUUUUCAUUAUCUAGUUCUUGUUUGUUAAUUUUCAAGGAUACUUUUCUAAAAUAUUCAAGAUGGCUUCUCUAUAGUAGGGCAAAUGCACCAUUUAACACGUAAAAAAGGUGUGGACAAUAAUUUUUGCAGGGGGGCCACUCAAUGAAUUUUGGUACAUAGUCACAAGCCAGCUCCACCGACUCCCAAAGGGGCAGGGUAUGGGGCAGAAGGGGCAGGGCUGGAGACUAGCCUUCCCCCAGAGUUGUCAGGGCCGGAGGCUUUGAAUUAAAAGGCUCAUAGCUCCUGGCCCCCACCACUACCACAUUGCCUGGCCAUCACCCAGAGUUACUGCAACUAUUUAAAGGGCUUGCAGCUCUGGCCUCUGCCAGGGUAGCACCAUGACCGGGAGCUAUUUAAAUAGUAUUCUGCUGCCUGAGCCACUGCCUGGAAAUUCAGUGGCACAGGCAGCAGGAUAUAAGUAGCAAGUGGCCAGAUGCAGUCCACGGGUCGGAUCAUAUCCCUGGGCCACAACUUAGAAUCAUAGAACUGGAAGAGAGACCUCAGGAGGUCAACAAGUACAGCCCCCCUGCCAAAGGCAGGAAGAAUUCCAAAUUGCUCAGCCCUGGGUAAGAAAGUAAAUAAGCUGGCUGACCUUCAAGUUAUUUCCUUGCAGACUGUUCUUCUAAGGUUUACACUUAAGUCCUGUUGUUAGUAACCAGGAUUUUUACAUGCACUAUUUUGAAAUGUUGAGUUUAAUAUGUAUAUUUUCCAUCAUCAAAUCCACUGUGCUGUGGAGCCUAGUGUUUACAAUUAUAAGUCACCAUAAUAUUUGAAAAAGAAAGAAGAAGUGGUGUGUGGUUUUUGGGGCGGGGGAUUUAAGUUUCCAGUAAGGUGUCAGCUGCCUCAAUUUUGGCAUUACUAUCAAAUAUCUCCAAACAAAAAGUGUUCCUACGCUAAAUGCUGCUAAACUUAAAUGGACAGUUAUAGAAGUUCAUUCUUUACUAACUACAGCAUUUCUUGCUGUUAUUGACAGACUUGUCAAUGCUAUCAGUGCAAUAAUUCCUCACUUAACUUUGUAGAUAUGUUCCUGAAAAAUGCUACUUUUAGUGAAACAAUGUUAAGCGAAACCAGUUUUCCCAUAAAAAUUAAUGUAAAUGGGGGGGAGGUUAAGUUCCAGGAAAAUGUUUUCAGCACACAAAAGACAUAUAAGUUUUAAACAAUUUAAAACAAUUUAAUACUGUACACAUCAAUGAUGAGUGUGAAGUUUGGUUGAUGUGGUGGAGUCCGGGGAUGGAACAUUUCCCAGUGAUUGUCUUGCUACUAAAUGAUGAAUUAGCACUUGGCUGAGC